UAUUACCUGGUGAUAGAUGUUAGUUUCUAUGGAAAUACAAACAGAAAAUAAAUUGAGCUGUACAUCAGUGAAAUUUUACAGAAAAGUAAACAUUCAAAUACAAAGAGCAACAAAUUAUCAUUAGAAAUUAGAAUGGCGCCACCAAUGAACAAAAGCCACAAGUUAAGGAAUGCGAUGAGUCAAAUCUGCUGUUGGACAUCGACAGAAACAAGAAAAUCCUGGAGACGUAGCAAUAGAAUUGUGCCUUUCAUUGAACCAGAAAUUGAAAAAGAGAUUGAACUAGAAGAACAAAAAGAUAUCGGUGAAAACAAUGCAGUUGUUGACUUGGAUGCAAUUGAAAUAAAAUAUGAAUGGCCUGAAAUAGAUUUCAACAAGUUUGGACAAAAUGGUAUCUACACUAAAUCUUACUGUGAUAUGGAAUAUAUACUUAGAAUGUCACCAGUAUAUGACCCAGCAUUUUCCAUGCCUAAAAAGGACACACGCAACAUAUUCCAGAGAGCCCUCCAUCGAUUGAACAAAAGGGCAAGAGAGGCCAAAUAUGCAAUUUCCACUUCUUUGAGGAUGAAAUAUUCAGAGAAAGAUGGUUGCCAGCAAUGCCUGGAGACAAAUGAUAAAAGUUCGAAUAAAGAAAUGUUCAGUUCUUUUUAAAAAACAUUGAACGAGGAGUGUCAGCUGUGAAAUAAUCUGGACUUGGCCAGCUUCCCUGUUGCAAGAUCCAAUCAGGAUGAAGCCCGGACCAUCCCAGGGCAUGUGAUAAAAACAGGACUGUUGAAAUAAUUGUAGAAGGUUAUGGCCACGUCUUCAAUCUAUUACUACUACUGCGAGAUAUUAUCAAUUGUAUAUAUGUUAUUACCAAUGUAUUAUGUUAUGUUAUGUAUAUAGUUUUUAUAGUGUAAAUAAAUUGUAAAUAUGUUCGUAUGUUUA